AUGUCAGCAAAGUCAGUACAAGGGCCUGGCGGCAAGAAGCCCGCUUCGGCGGCCACAAACCUGAUUGCCGGUGGUGGCGCCGGAAUGAUGGAAGCGCUCGCGUGUCAUCCUCUAGACACAAUCAAAGUCCGAAUGCAACUGUCAAGACGAGCUCGCGCGCCAGGAAACAUCACUGAUUCAAAUAUACUACAGGCGAAGAAGCGCGGUUUCAUUACGACCGGAGCCGAGAUCGUAAAGAGGGAAACCGCAUUGGGUCUAUAUAAGGGAUUAGGCGCUGUGCUCACAGGCAUUGUCCCAAAGAUGGCUAUAAGGUUCACGAGUUACGAGUGGUAUAAGCAGUUAUUGGCCGACAAAGAAGGCAAUGUCGCGUCAAAGUCAACAUUUAUGGCUGGUCUCGCUGCUGGUAUUACGGAAGCCGUCUUUGUCGUCACACCCAUGGAGGUCGUCAAGAUCCGUUUACAAGCGCAACACCACUCGAUGGCCGACCCGCUUGACGUACCCAAGUACCGAAACGCCGCCCACGCCAUGUAUACCGUCAUAAAGGAAGAAGGCGCAGGCGCAUUAUGGCGUGGUGUCUCGCUUACAGCGUUGCGCCAGGGAACAAAUCAAGCCGCAAACUUCACGGCGUACUCGGAACUGAGAGCACGAUUACAGAAGUACCAUGGCACUACCGACCUACCUGGUUAUGAGACAAGUUUAAUCGGCCUGAUAAGUGGCGCCGUUGGUCCGUUUACGAAUGCGCCAAUUGACACUAUCAAGACGAGGUUACAGAAGACGCCUGCGGAGGCGGGUCAAAGUGCUGUCCAGCGGAUAGUGAACAUCGGGAACGACAUGUGGAAGCAGGAAGGUAUCCGCAGUUUCUACAAAGGUAUUACACCGCGUGUCAUGCGAGUCGCCCCCGGUCAGGCCGUCACGUUUACCGUAUACGAAUAUCUGAAAGCUUCCCAAGAGCUCAAGUCUGCCCUCGGCAGCCUCAUAACCUCAACCACGCAACGCGGUAUCCUAGCCACAAUCCAAAACGAAACUAUUGUCCCCAGCGGUACAAUAUCCUCGUCGUCAUCCACCUUCACCACCGACCUCUCAAACCUUCAGUCCCAUAUCCAACCCAAUGCCGCCCUCUACAUCCUCCUCCGCCGCGCAGACUCCCUCGCCUCACCCGACAAGUCCCUCGUAGCAGUAACCUACGUUCCCAACUCGGCGCCCGUACGCCAAAAAAUGCUCUUUGCGUCCACACGCCUCACACUCGUGCGUGAGUUGGGCGGAGAACACUUCGCCGAAAGCGUCUUCACAACCGAAGCUUCGGAGCUCACGUCAGAAGGCUGGGAGAAGCACCUAGCGCAUACUGAGUCUGAGAAUCCGCUGACGGCAGAAGAACAAUCGCUGCAGGAUAUCAAGGCUGCUGAGGCGCUGGAGAGCAGAGGGACGCGCGGCCAAGGUCUUGCCCAAGGAGGAAGAAUUGCUAUUCGUGCUGAUGACGAGAUUGGCGGUGCGUUGAAGAAGUUGGGUCAGGGUGGAACGGAUAACCUUGUGCAGUUGCGCAUGAAUGGCUCAAAUGAGACCCUUGAAUUGGUUUCUUCUUCGUCAGCAACGCCUUCCACCAUCUCCCAGGCCAUCGAUACAAAGGAGCCAAGGUAUUCGUUCUACCGCCAUGACGACGCUAGCGCGAGUAUCGUGUUCAUAUCGACGUGUCCUAGUGGAGCGAAGAUCAGAGAGAGAAUGUUGUAUGCGGCGAGCAGAGGCAAUGUGGUUAGCCUGGCGCAGAAUGAGGGUGGGCUAAAGGUUGAGAAGAAGAUUGAGGCAACGGAUCCUGAGGAGAUUACUGAACAAGUUAUCUUGGACGAGUUCAAGGUGGAGAAGAAGGAGGAGAGCAAGGGAUUUGCUAAGCCGAAGAGGCCAGGACGGAGGUAG